ACAGCAUAUGAAACUAGGUCAAGUUCUCGACUUGGAAACGCAACCGGUGCGUUGGGAAAUUUAGGUCCCAAUAUAAGUUUAAUUUGGUUUACAACUGCUACGUAAUUGAUAUAAGUGGAAAGCCAACUUUUAAAAUAAUUAUAAAAGUAAUACAUUUAAUGAAAUUUUACUCCAUAUUAUUCCUUUCUGCUCUUGUAUAGUAAAUACACACCUACGUGUUAUAUAAGUAGUAUCCAUCGAUACAUUUGCAUAUUUUCAUAAAUGAAUGUAUGAAUUGAAACUUGUCACUGUGUUGUUGCAAUAUAAUAAUUACAUACACAAUGGAACUUGAAGAUGCAGUUCUGGAGGAAAUUUACAGCUGGGUUGACCAACAUCGUCUUUCGAGACCCAAGCGGAAUAUUGCCAGAGAUUUUUGUGAUGGUGUGCUGCUUGCUGAAAUCAUUCAUCAGCACCAACCAAAAUUAGUGGAACUUCACAAUUACACUCCAGUGAAUGCAACCAAACAGAAAAUGGAAAACCUCUACCUUUUGAAUAGGCGAGUCUUUUCUAAGAUGAAAUUUGAACUUUCAGAUGAAGUCAUUUGUGCUGUUGCAUAUUGCAAGCCAUAUGCUAUUGAAAAAGUAUUACUUUUUUUGCGUUCACGAUUAGAAACAUUUAAUCAUAAGGAAUGGACUAACACUAACUACUUGAAGUUUAAUCUUGACCAAAAAGCAGUUCCUCUGUCAGACCCUCCAGAACAGGAAUUUCAAAAUCAAUUACCACAAAAUUGUGAUCAACCUGAAGCUGACCAAAGUACAUGUGAACCAUUUUUAUACCGUAGAAAUAAAAAGACAGUGAAAAGUCAAGCUAUCCAGAAACCUUUUGUAUUCAAGAAUGAUCCCAUUAGUAUUUCACAACUGGAAGAAAAACAGAAAGAGUCUCUGGCAAAAGAUGAAACUAUUAAGAUUCUACAAGAAAAGAUUCAACGUUUAGAAUAUCUAAAUCAUCUGAAAGAUUUGAAAAUUAAUGAUCUUCAGAAACGUCUUUCUGAAAUCUGACUGAAAUAAAUUUAUACUCUUAUAAAAUACUAUUGUCUCAAAACUACUGAAGGAAAACUAAUAAAAUCACUGGUAUUUGAUAUUGUUACUGUAUUAUAAAACUACUGCCAGCUAUCAAAUGUAAACACAAACAACCAGUUUAUGAGUUUUAACAAGGAUAUAAUGAUACCUGUUGCAUUUAUUUUCUUUCAUCAAAAGUAUUGUUGAACCUAAUUUUAGUUCUCUUUAUGUCUCACUUUUUUUAAAAUAUUAAUUUAAAAUUUCAUAUUUAAAUAUCAAUAGAUUAUGCAUUUUUAGUAAUUUUCAAAUUCUUUUAAAAACACAAAUUGGAAAUGAUAUGAGCAACAUGAAAAUGUUCAAAUGAUAUUUGAAGCAAUAAAAUAUUGCAAACACAUGCUAGGUAUAAAAUCUGAAUCUCUAAAUUCAGCAAUGGAAAAACAUUGUCCAGUGAUGCCUACAGUACUGGUCAAAAGUUUGAAUAUACUGAUAAAAAUAUGGUUUUACUAAUGAUGUUUUACUAAUGAUGUAGAUAACAAAGGGGAACAGUGAGUGUAUUUUAUAAUUGACUAAGUAGAUAAUUUGAAAAUAUGCAAAAAUACAAAUAUCAAUAUUAUACAUUUCAAUACUUGGUGUGAUGCUCCUUUGCUUUUAAUACAUCUGCAUUAUAGUCAGAAUACUUUCAAUUAAAUUUUUAGUAGUAAUCUGGUGUUAUUGCUUAUGUCCAAAAUCUCUUAAAUCAAUAUUGAUACCUGCAAUUUUCUUUUUUUUAAUGAUCCAUGUAUUUUCUAACCAGUUCAAAGUUAGCUGAUGAUAAUCUUUUAUAUAAUAAUGUAAUAUCAAAUCUAAACUAGUCUUUCAUACGUUUUUCAGAAUGUCACAGUGCACUAUUUGUUAGAAUAUAGUGCAGUUAUGGAUGGUCAUAUGAGUAAGUAACUUCUUCAAAGUGUCCAGGUGGGUUUUAGAGUUUAUAAUUGUACAGUGAGACAAAUACCAGCUUUUUCACUUGAGAAAUGAACAUUGCUUAACUCUUGCUAGUGUAUACCUGAGAUUGCACCUUGAGUUUGAUGGGCAGCAAAUGAAAGAUACAUUAAAUGCAAAUUGUUAAUGAAUGUUUUGUUACUGAAGUUAGUUCUUCUUAAUUCAACUUUUAUGAUUCCUAUAAAAUUGCAGAUGAUCCUGGAUGUUUUACUAUGAAAGUCUUUUUUGUUUUUCUGUUAGCCAUUUUUUUGACACGAUUAAGUCUUUCUUCAAUUAAUGUCUUAUUGCCUUAGUGGUAUUUUUUUGCUGUUGUUGACAAUUGUACAUGGAUGUCUUUACUAGAAAUCAGUAGGGAUGCAACACAAAGAUGGUGAAGUGGGUUGUGACACAAGGUCUACCUAAUUUACCAAAUGAUUUGUAAUCACUAUCUGAUGAAAUUAAGAUAAAGCUUUCUGCUAAGAAAGGCAGUUAGCUGAGUUGAUAACUUUCUCCACAUGAAUUCAUUUCCAUGUAAAGCAACAAUUUAACUUCAUUCCAUAUCUUGCGAUAUCUUAGAUGAUAGGCAAAAUUAUAAAUCAGUAUUUCAUAAUUCAUAUAUCAUAAAACAAUAUAAACUGAUUUUUAACUUAAAAAUAUCUAGCAGGUAAUUAGAUUUUUCUUCAUAUAAAUGUAUAUUUAGAAAAUACUAAAUUUCACUUUUGUAUUCAAAUUUUAAACCAGCACCUAAGCUUUUGCAGUAAUGAGUCAAUAAAUCAUGGUGAAUGUAAUGAGAUAACCCUACUGAAGCCUUCCUAGUCCUCAGUUAUAUGAAUUGUAAUUCAUGAACCUAAGGACUGGUUUAAACAAUAUUAAAUAAAUUCACUGAUUAUCUUGUAUGACAUCAAUAAUUUAAUGUAAUUACCUGUUUUGAUUAUUGUGCCUUAUAUUAAAGUAAAAACCAUUUAUGGUUUGUGUGAAAUUUGUUAUUGUCUUAAAUAACAAGUACUGGAAAAAAAAUAAACAUUUUCAGAAAAAAA